AACGGCAUUUCCGCUUUCUCCGGAAGAAACACGCUGUAAGUAAAAGCUACACGUGUGUUCGGGUUCGUUGUUGUUGUUUUUGGAGAAAAUCCUGCAGUGAUGGGGAAAAAAGCAAGCAAACGGAACACGUUUAAUUAUAAUGUGGACAGAAAGAAGUUAAAAAAGAAGAUGAUGAAAAAGUACAGGCCGAGGAUUGAGUGUGAGCAAAUCCGGAAAGCGUGGGAUGUCGGCAAAACACCCAAACAGAACAUGCAGGACAUGGGCCUGGCGUUCAGAACCAAAGGAGUUCUUCCUAUCUCGAGCAAGGCCGGCGACGAACCCGCGGAGCUCGUUAUAAAGCCGUAUGUUGUUAAAGAAAUGGAGGAAGAGGCCAGUCUGCCGAGAAAGGACACCACGACAUGCUCUAAUGACCUCAUCGAAUUUGUUCAGCACAUGAUUAGGGAACACGGCGAAGACUACAAGGCCAUGGCGUGGGACGAGAAGAACUACUAUCAAGAUACACCGAAACAAAUCAGGAGGAAAGUGGAUUUGUAUAAGCGAUGCCACCCCGAGGAGUACGACGCAUUCAUCAGCUCUUUGAAAGCACAGACGUCGUCCUGAACGUCAAGAUAGAACUCGGAAACGGAUUAACCGGACUGGGUCUUUAUAUCAGGGCUUGUUCUGUUCACAGAGUUGUGUAUAUAAUGUAUUUUAUGUGAGUGAGUGAGGUUUUUUUUUUUUUGAGUGAUCCUGUUCUACAGUAUUCAAGAAAUUAUUUUUCUUGCAUGUUGUCAGUUUUACUGUAUACAAAAAAAUUAAAGUGCAUAUUCUGGACCAA